AUGGCAGUGGCAUCGUUCUCUGCCAAGAUUGCAUUUGUCUUGGCCGUGUCACCGUCUUCGUCUUUCUCGCCGCCUUGUAAUGUGGUCGGGCCCAGGAUUCCGGUGGAGAUCGUGUGCUUGCCAGUUCACCUGGUGAAGAGGUCUGGUUUGGAUGUCAUUGUGCCAACCGUUUUUGUUGCUUCGGUUGUGGCCGGGUCUGCAUGCAUGAUUCGAGCCGUGGGCUU